AUGAUUUGGAGUGACUUCAUCCAGGGAACAAUCUUUCUUUCUCUUACUGGAUCUGGAAUCGGAGGGAACUUCUUUACGUUUGUGGGGCAUGUGUACAUGUUUCGCAGGGGUCCUGAGAAAAAAUCCAUAGACCUUAUUCUCAUGCACUUGGCUUUUAGUAAUGCAAUGACACUUUGUGCCAGAGGAAUCUCAGAUGUAAUAUCAGCUUUUCAUUUAAGUAACUUCCUAGGUAAUGUUGGUUGUAAAACUGUGGUUUACCUGGGGAGGGUGGCAUGGGGACUUUCAAUUUGUACCACCUGCCUCCUCAGUGUGGUCCAGGCCAUCAUCAUCAGUCCCAGGACCACCAUAUGGAGAAAGCUCAAACCGUGGACUGCACAGCAAGUUUUUUCCUGUCUCCUUCUCUUCUGGAUCUUGAAUACCCUGAUAAGCUCUAACUUGCUGUACUACAUCACAACAGUCAAUAACAUGAACAGAUCUGAAAUUAGACAGUAUGUUGGAUAUUGUUAUAUGCUGCCAUCUAAGCCAGUCGUUAGGUGGUUUUUCUUCACUCUCAUGGCUCUGAGGGACAUCAUCUUUCAGAGUGUCAUGGGCUGGAGCAGUAGGUUCCUGGCUUUUCAUCUGUAUAAACAUCAUAAGUGUGUCCACUACCUCCAGAGCUCCAGGUUUACAAAAAAAAUUAGCCCAAAGAUCAGAGCUAUACAAAGUGCUCUCAUUCUCAUGGCCUGUUUCCUUUUCUUUUAUUUGGCAGAUUUCAUUUUCUCCUUCUAUGCAGGUUCCUUCUGGAAAAAUGAUUCUACAAUAUUUAUUAUUAAACUAUUUCUAGAACUUGGUUAUGCCAGUCUCAGCCCCUUCAUGCUAAUCAGCAGGGGUGUCCACUUGGCUAACUGCUGGCCUGCUCAGUGA